CGUCAUGUUGCAUUUUUCAGAUUAGCAAAAUGCUCAUCAAUUUUGUUGAAAAACAUUAGCUUAGAAGUAGAUGCGAGGUAUCAUUACGAAUAAUCAGAGGAACACUUUGCAUGUCUCUAAUUUCCACUCGAGUUACAGUUUGCAAAAUUGAAUCAGCGACCUUUCAAAAUUUCGCGCUUAUCUAAUCACCAUUCUAGUUCGGUGCCCUGUGACGACAGGGAAGAAAGCGAGUCCUUGUUGGAGCGAAGGCGAACUUCGUCUCCUAACUCAAGGCAAGGGGUCAACCAAGCUCAAAGGUUACUGACCUCUUCCAACUAUAUCCAUACAACUAACGGGACUAAUAUUGGUGACCCAACCCGGCAACAGACUUUAGAUUUUGAGUUGUCCCAGAGGAGUCAAGACUUUUGGGGUCGUCAGGCAGUGAUGCAGCAGGGGUCAAUUCAGCACCAGCCGGGUUCUGCUGGAGGCCAUGAUGGGGGCAAUAGAGGACCACCUCCUGCUAUUAUGAGGACGUUUAUUCAGAGGGAUUUCAGCGAAGGAACAGCUGUGAAAUUUCAAGAGAAGUUGCCAGAAGAGUUGAAUGGAAAGAUUCCGGUGGAGAUGUUCACUCGAAUCAUGAAGGGUGUCAAUGACAUAUUUGCGGAUGCGGAGAGAUUGGGAGCGAGGACCUACUGCGAGGGCUGUCUCGGCUGCCUAACUGCAUACAUCAUAUUCCUGUGUCUAGAAUCCAAUUACGACAAGUGUUUGAAAAGACUUCACACCUACCUGGAGACUGUGAACAAUGGAACACUGCACCCAAUGGGACUGCACAUGGUCAACCCAAUGGAGAGAGGGUUGCGGGUCAUCGAAGUGCAAAUAUACCGAUGAUAAACAGCAACAACAAUAUCAGUAACAACAACUGUGCUCCCAUAUCGAUUGAAGAAAGAAAACAUAACUUAAGUUAAGAAGAAAACCAAAGUUCGCCCAAUAGUUUCCGAAAUGUGCUAAUUUCCCCAAUUUUGGAAACUUAUUUGCAAUUACUGAAGCUACAAGAUGAAUUUUAAAAACUUAAUGAACCUUGCUGAAUAUUGAACAAAAAGAAGUGCUCACCCUGCUUCGUGUAAAAAUAUAAGUUGGAUCGGUUAUCGGAAGCAGUUCAGAACUGUUGAUUAAAUGUAUGUUGUUCAUAUCUGUCAGAGUAAAGCAGAGAAAAGUUAUCUGAUUCUAAUCGUAUUGAUGCGCAAUUUAAUUCUUUUACUGAAAAUAUUAGAUUUAAUGAUUAUGUCUUUUAUAUUUUCACUCUUGAACUAUAAUUAAAUAUUUGCUUAUCUGUAG